AUGUAUCGAUACUCCUUUUAUAUACUCAAAAAGGAACAGUUAAAAUGGAAUCAAAAAAAAAUAAUAUAUCCCCUUACAAUAUUAUCUAAAUUUUCAACAUGGACUGACAUACAAUUAACCCCAAACCAACAGACCUCAUUAAUGGAGUUAGCAAAUAAAACACCAAAAGAAAAAUGUGAUAAUAAUAAAAUAGCAUUAAAAAUAACAAAAAUACAAAAUAUGUCUAAACAAUUAAAAACUGCUUGGGAAGAAUUGGAUAUAUAUAAGCAACUUCUUACAGAGAAUAUGGAAUUAACCCUUAAAAAAAAUGAGGAAUCAAAAGAAAUAAAUACCAUCAAUUUUAAUGAAUAUUCAGAGGUGAAAGAAAUUAAUUAUAAUUUGGAAAAUAUUUCUGAUUCGAUUGUUAAGGAAAUGUUAGAUAUUUAUACAAAUUUUGUAAAUUUGGAUCAUCAUCUUGAUUCCAAUGAGGUUCGGCUUGAGAUUGUGCCCGGAGUCGGGGGUCAAGAAGCCAAGAUGUUUAGUAAUGAAUUAUUUUCAAUGUAUGAAAACUUUUGCAAAUUAAAAAAUUAUGAUUGUGUAAUAAAAAAUAACAAAUUAAAUGAAGAAGGAAAAGGAAUAAGUAAAAAUAUUAUUGCACAUAUAAAAGGGGAAGGAGUAUAUGUCGAUUUUGUACAAGAGAUUGGAAUACAUAGAGUUCAAAGAAUUCCAAUAAAUAGUAAAAAAAUGCAAACAUCAACUUCUGUAGUUUUAUUAUUUGAUGAAAAACAAACAAAAGAAAAACUUGAAAAAAAAAUGAAAAUUCCAAAAAAUGAUUUUAUAAUUGAAACAAAAAGAUCAGGUGGAGCAGGAGGACAAAGUGUCAACAAAAAUGAAACGUGUGUAAAAAUUACUCAUAAACCUACUAAUAUAUUUGUUGAAGUACAAAAAACAUCUAGCCAAAUACAAAAUAAAAGUAUAGCUAUGGAAAUGAUAAAAAAUAAAUUAUAUAACUUUUAUUAUGAACAAGAAAAAAUGAACUUUUUAAAAGACAAAAAAAAUCAAAAACAAAAUGGUGAUAGAAGUGAAAAAAUACGAACUUACAAUUUUUCCCAUAAUACAGUCAUAGAUCAUAUUGCUAAUGUACAAUAUACUGGUAUUGAUCAAUUUUUUAAGGGAACACAAUUAAUUAAUUUAAUCAAUAAACGAAAACAUUUAUUUUAUCAAAACAUCAUCGAUGAUACUCUGGAGUAUUUGUUUUCAUAUGUGUGUUAA